CGUCUCUUUGUUGGCCAUGUAGUAGCAGCGGCAGUGGCGCUUUUACCGUUGUGAAUGUGGAUUCUGUUAGCUAGCUAACGUUACAGUGGAAAAUUUGGAACUGGGAUUUGUUUCGACCCUUUGUGUCAGACUUCGUUGACAACACUACUUACUGCCUUUACUAACAUAUUUUCUCGACAUAAUACGAGUCUCUAAAGUAAUGGACUCGGACGAGGGUUACAAUUAUGAAUAUGACGACGAGGAAGAGGAAUGCAGCGAAGACAGCGGUGAAGACGAACCCGAAGAAGACACCCUAGAUCUCGGGGAGGUGGAAUUGGUUGAUCCUGUCGUGGCUGGUGGUGAGCGAGAUGAAUGUGGAGAAACCGGAGGCAGUGGCCUUGGGCCUGGACAGGAUGAAGAGGACUACCGUUUUGAGGUGUUGACCACUGAACAAAUUCUCCAGCAUAUGGUCGAGUGUAUCAAAGAGGUCAACGAGGUCAUCCAGAACCCUGCCACAAUCACCAGAAUACUUCUCAGUCACUUCAACUGGGACAAAGAGAAGCUUAUGGAAAGGUACUUUGAUGGCAACCUGGAUAAGCUCUUCUCUGAGUGCCAUGUCAUCAACCCCAGUAAGAAGUCCCGGACGCGGCCGAUGAGUACCAGGUCCUCUGCCCAGGACAUGCCCUGCCAAAUCUGUUUUCUCACCUACCCAAACUCGUACUUUACUGGGCUGGAGUGUGGGCACAAGUUCUGUAUGCAGUGCUGGGGCGACUACCUGACCACCAAAAUCAUAGAAGAAGGGAUGGGACAGACCAUCUCCUGUCCUGCGCACAGCUGUGAUAUUUUAGUAGAUGACAACACAGUCAUGCGACUUAUCACAGACUCAAAGGUGAAGUUGAAGUACCAGCAUUUAAUCACAAAUAGUUUUGUAGAGUGCAAUAGACUGUUAAAGUGGUGCCCUGCGCCUGACUGCCACCAUGUGGUUAAAGUCCAGUACCCUGAUGCCAAACCUGUUCGCUGCAAGUGCGGCCGGCAGUUCUGCUUCAACUGUGGAGAAAACUGGCAUGACCCAGUGAAGUGCAAGUGGUUGAGGAAAUGGAUCAAGAAGUGCGAUGAUGACAGUGAAACAUCCAACUGGAUUGCAGCAAACACAAAGGAAUGUCCCAAGUGUCAUGUGACCAUAGAGAAGGACGGGGGCUGCAACCACAUGGUGUGCCGGAACCAAAACUGCAAGGCGGAGUUCUGCUGGGUGUGUCUCGGCCCCUGGGAGCCCCAUGGCUCUGCCUGGUACAACUGCAAUCGCUACAAUGAGGAUGACGCCAAGGCUGCCAGAGAUGCCCAAGAGUUGUGUGUGGUGCAGCGCUCACGGGCGGCCCUCCAGCGGUACCUCUUCUACUGCAACCGCUACAUGAACCACAUGCAGAGCCUGCGCUUCGAGCACAAGCUCUACGCCCAGGUCAAGCAGAAGAUGGAGGAGAUGCAGCAGCACAACAUGUCCUGGAUCGAGGUGCAGUUCCUCAAGAAGGCCGUGGACGUGCUGUGCCAGUGCCGCUCCACGCUCAUGUUCACUUACGUCUUCGCUUUCUACCUCAAGAAGAACAACCAGUCCAUCAUUUUCGAGAACAAUCAGGCUGAUCUGGAGAAUGCUACAGAGGUUCUGUCUGGAUACCUGGAGCGAGAUAUUUCCCAGGACUCGUUGCAGGACAUCAAACAGAAAGUUCAAGAUAAGUACAGAUACUGUGAGAGUCGACGGCGAGUGCUGCUGCAGCACGUGCACGAGGGCUAUGAGAAGGACCUGUGGGAAUACAUAGAGGACUGAGGGUGGCAUGGCCGUUGGUGGAGAACUUUCCGGAAAACCCAUUUCAAAGCGUGGCCGCAGCAUCAGCAGCAGCAGCACUGUGGCCCCGGCGUCCCCUUGCUGACGGGCCUCCUCUUGGCAUCUCAAUCUUACUACUUAUCUCUUAACCUUUUUUUUUUAUUUAAAUUAAAUCAUUUUUACCCAAAUAAAUAAUAGAAUAAUUCAAACCAUCCCACAGCAGUAUUGUUUGCAGCAGAGUUUAUUGUGGAGAGGGGUGAAGCCCUACAUAUUUUUCUCCUCUCUGCACUUUUUUUUCUGUGAGUUUGUUUUAGAUUUAUACUUUUCUUUCCCCAGCAAAAAGUUUUACUCAGAACGCCCGACGUGGCGGAAUGGCUUGUUUUUAGGCACAGCUUAACCUGUCCGAGCCAUGAGUGUGUUUGUGUGUGUUGUUGGCCUGUUUUUGGGGGUGCAGAAUGUGGACUUGCUGAUUGUACAAGUCAACCUAUAUAGGAAGUGUGUGAGGUCUGUAGGAAAAGGAAGUCUGUAUUUUUCAAACUGUAAAUAGAGUACAUGCAUGGAACAUGGAGUGGCAUGCAUUUGCAUUUUCUUUCGAGGGGGGUAGGGUCCUUUAGUUUCAUUUUCAAUUUCAGACAUUUUUAUUCAUUUUAGUUAUUUGAAAUGGGUAUACAUGCAGAUUUUAGUUUACUUUUUCCCCUUCCAUCUUUUUUUAAUGUGGACGGAUAACAUCCUGAAACAUGGUAGAAAAAAAAAAACUUGCACACAAAAACUGUGCUUAAACACCAGGCUAUCAGGGCGAAUUCUAGCCUUAACCUUAGCUGCGUGUGCUAACACGUAACAUUAGCUCCUACACUGAGACUAACAUCCAGCCAACCAAUCCAUCCAGCCUGCCUGCCUGUGUGGACCCCAUCUGGCUCCUUCCCCAGCCCAUGUCUCGGUCCUAUCCCCUCUGUUUACUAUAAGCCAGCCCUCCAUUUUUUAUUUCUUUUGUCUCGCAGGUGUGGUCAAGUGUCAUACACUACCAAGUGUACCCUGAGAGCCAAAUUGAGUGACAUUCACUCUCGCAAGACGUGUCUCAAGUACUUUUUCCCCUUUUGUUUUGUUUCUUGUAUUCUUUGUCUUUUGUAUGCACCUUGUUCAAGUGUGGGGAUGUAGCACUGAAAGCUCUAGUGGCGAGUGUCCGCUAUUGAGCUACCGCAAGGGUGACACAUGACUGAAUGAUGGCCUUCCAUCCUCCUCACUGCAGACUUCAUCAGAACACUAAACAUCAGUCUUCUCUGAGAUGGCCCUCCUGCUGCCAGUUCUCUGUGUCAUAUUGUGCAAGGCAAUAGUCUUUUACAUCAGUCAUGUUCAUGCAUAGCAGUCUUGCACAGGGCUGGUAAAAGUCUUGUUUGGCUACCCUUGUCCUGGCAUUCUUAUGUGAAGUAGGCCUCUUCAUCGAUGCUUUAGACAUUGGGCAGCCCCUAACAUUCUUGCAGACUUGUUACUCUGUGUGUCCAGAAUAUUGCAAAAGUUUUGUUUACAGAACUGAGAUGUGAAGGAGGGUCAACACAGCGGAAGCAGGUUGCAAUGUGUAACAUGAAUCUAGUAUUUCUUGAAGGGUUUUCCGUGUCUAUGGUAUUACGUCAAAUCUCCAUUAAUGCUGUCCUCAGCAGUUGGCCGCUGUAGACUACGUACUCAGAUUUUGAGAAGCCUCUGAGAAGUACAGAUGUGACUGAUGUGGUGGUUUGAUAUUUUUUUUUUUUUUUUUGCCCAUUUUCAUCACAUACCCUAGAACCGCAUACUGGGCCCUGCUCUGAAAAAAAUACCAUGCCAGUUGCUAUGGUUUGUGUUUGUGAGUAUCCUGGGAUGGCUACCCCAUUGCACUGAAUCUCUGGAUUGGGGGAAGUUAGGCUUACUGUGCUGGCUCUGCCAUUGAGAGUUAAGAUCUCACCAAAGUGUGAACUCUAAAUAUCAUAGAGAAUCCUUUCUCUGAUAUGAGAGAGAUCAGAGACUGUCGCUUUCAUGUGUUCUAAUAACCAUUCUUACAAACAAAAGAUGUCCUAUUUAAAUAAAUGUCAUUUAAAAACAA